AUGAGACUGGACAUGGACAUCACACUGCUGAUCAUCUCUGUGUCCUUCUGGGUCCAAGGAGGAAAGAAGGACAUUAAAAAGGGACACAGUAGCAGAGAAUUCAAAAGAACAGCAGUCACAUCCAGUCAAGCCAAACCUGCUUCAGUGAAUGAUCAGCUCAUCAUCAAACUCUGCAGAAGCCUGAGAACCAGAGAAUGGCUUACAGGACUCUUGGCUGAAAAGAACAACACUUCAACAGCUGAAUUGUUCAGGGCACAGACCUGCUCAUCUGGAACAGCUGUGGACCUUACCUGUACAGAUCCUGAUGAUGUCAGACUGGUGGGAGGAGCCAGUCGCUGUAACGGUACAGUGCAGAUCAAACAUCACGGAGAAUGGAGAGACGUGGGAUAUGAUUAUUAUUCUGACCCCUGGAGCCUGAAGGCAGCAGCAGACUCUGUCAGACUGGUCCAUGGUUCCAGUCUGUGUUCAGGCAGACUGGAGGUCCGGUCCAACCAGUCCUGGUUCUCAGUGUGUGAAGAGGAUUUGGACCUUAAUGAUGCCCAGGUGGUCUGUAGGGAGCUGAGCUGUGGGGCUCCUUCGCUCCUCCAGGGGGGGCUCUAUGGAGAGGGGGAGGCUCCAUUCUGGACCACUGAGCUCCAGUGUGAAGGACAUGAGUCUGCUGUUCUGGACUGUAGAAGGUCCAGCUCUGCUGGGAAGACCUGCUCACCUGGAACAGCUGCUGGACUCACCUGUUCAGAUCCAGGUGGUGUCAGGUUGGUGGGACAGCCGAGCCGCUGUGCUGGUACUUUGGAGAUCCAAUACCAGGGACAGUGGAGACCAGUAGGAGAUGAGUAUGAAGACUGGGACCUGAAGUCUGGAUCUGCUGUGUGUCAACAUCUGGACUGUGGAUCAGCUGUUUCAGUCAACACAACAUAUGAUUCUACACACAGACCUGUGUGGUUGGUCUCAGUUCCUUGUGUAAAGCUGAAAUUUGAACUGAUGGACUGUGUUGAACUAUAUGAUCCCACUGAUCUCUCAUCUGCUGUGGAUGUGGUGUGUUCAGAUCUGCUGCCUCAGCCCAACAUCUCCCUGUCUGACGGGGUCUUUGGGGUCUACCAGCAGGGGUUCCGGGUGCUCAUCGGCUCUGACUUCACCAUCUCAUGCUCCAUCCGACCACAGUACCCAGGAGGAUCCUUCCAGCUGAUCUCUGACACCAAGGAGCCCCUGAACCUCACCCUGCCAGCUAUAAGGAGAAACAGCCAUGGGAAGAAGACGAACUUCCAAGAAUGUGAGUUGGAGACGCUGCUAAAUGAAGUCGAGGCCCGUCAGAAUAUCAUUUUUGGCACGCUGCCCUCUGGUAUCACUACUAAAUGCAAGAGGAGUGAGUGGGAGUGUGUCUGUGAGGUGGUGAAUGCUGUGGGGUCCGAGCAGCGCACCGUCCCAGAGGUGAAGAAAAAGUGGUCGGACCUCAAGGUGGACGUUAAGCGGAGGACUGUCACCCACCGUCAAAGUGUGACCAAAACAGGUGGGGGGGAGAGGAGAGGAUGA